AGCGGGAUUGCAUACCGUAUAUAAACCGUAAACGUCCUGAUGCCACGCCUUCUUAACAUCAAACAAGCAGCAUCGUAUCGGUGCUUUGCGCGUAACAACACCUUACGUCUACCUAAGGCAACUAACAGCCUUUGCAAAGUACCAAAACAAUGGCUGAGUCGAACGGCAACAGCGAGCCGGUCUUCCUUAUCUUUGGGAAGAACGGCUGGAUUGGAGGACUCCUACAGGAGUCCUUGAAGGAGCAGGGUGCCAAGUACCACCUUGCUGAUGCUCGGCUGGAGGACCGCGCUGCCAUCGUCGCCGACCUUGAGAAGUACAAGCCAACGCAUGUGCUGAACGCCGCUGGUGUGACUGGCCGACCCAACGUCGACUGGUGCGAGAGCCACAAGCUGGAGACCAUCCGCGCCAACGUGCUGGGCUGCCUGAACCUGGCUGACGUGUGCAACGAGCGCGGCAUCCACAUGACCUACUACGGCACCGGCUGCAUCUUCCACUACGACGAUGACUUCCCGGUGGACAGCGGCAAGGGCUUCAAGGAGAGCGACAAGCCCAACUUCACCGGCUCCUACUACUCGCACUGCAAGGCGAUCACGGAGAACCUGAUUAAGGAGUACCCCAACGUGCUCACCCUGCGUGUGCGCAUGCCCAUCGUGGCAGACCUCACCUACCCGCGCAACUUCAUCACCAAGAUCAUCAAGUACGACAAGGUGAUCAACAUCCCCAACUCCAUGACGGUGCUGCCGGAGCUGCUGCCCAUGUCCAUCGAGAUGGCUAAGCGGAAGCUCACGGGCAUCAUGAACUUCACCAACCCCGGCGCCAUCAGCCACAACGAGAUCCUGGAGCUGUACAAGGAGUACAUCGACCCCGAGUUCAGCUGGUCCAACUUCACGGUGGAGGAGCAGGCCAAGGUCAUUGUGGCGCCGCGCUCCAACAACCUGCUGGACACGGAGCGGAUAAAGGGCGAGUUCCCCGAGCUGCUGUCCAUCAAGGACUCGCUCAUCAAGUACGUCUUCGAGCCCAACGCGCAGAAGAAGGACGAGAUUUGCGCGGCGGUGCGUGAGAUGCGCGGCCGGUAAGGCCCCUUAGGCUGGACCGACCCAUGGGCCGCCAUGGCUGGCGCCGCAGGGGAGGUGCAGCCAACUCUUUCGGACCGGCUUGCGAUGGAAGUACUUGAUACCAGUCAUUGAUAUGUAAAAUUGGUAACUGCAAAUGGUUUGUGUAGUGCUGAGCAUGGCGUGAGGAUUGCGCCGCAACGGCGGUUUUGUACGCGCGAGCCAUAUUGGUAUGGUGGGCGAGCGACGAAGAAGUAGCGUGGGCUGAGGGACACGCUUUUGGUGCAGCCAAAUGAUGGGUGUCUGUCUGUUAUAAUUGGGGUCUUAAUGUACGGGUCUGUCUUCUAGACGAGGGAUCCUAUCUGACGACCUUUUCCACCUGUAAUGGCGUGCACCUAAACAUGUUAUGCUGCAUACCCACG